AAAUAUAGACAAGAAUUUUUUGAUUUAUUGGAUCGUUUUUCAAAUGCUGGUCUUAUACAUUAUGAUCAAUCAACAUUGGAUAAAGAUUGUGUCUAUUUUUUGGGACGUGAUUGUUAUGAACAUUUAGAUAUACAAGAUCGUCUAGAUGUUUUUCUUCUACAUCAAAAACAUUUAUAUAAAUGUUUAUGUAAACAAUUUAUUGAACUUUUAUUUGAAUCAAUUGAAAUAUUUAUUCAAACAUUUCUUAAAAUGAAUCAAAAUGAUAAUUCAUCAAUAACAAAUAAACGUAAAGUAACAACGGCAUCAAUCGAUGAUAUAUUUGAAAAUGAAAUUAUUAAUCAGAUUAAACAUGAUUCACUCAGACUAAUAGUUUGUUGGUUAUAA